AUGGUAACUGUCCGAAAAACUAGAAAACCCAAAACUAAUAGCUUUACCUCCAUUUUGGAUCAGAUUCUCAAUAAAUAUAACCUAUCGGCCGAAUCAAACCCGCUUCAAUUACGUGCUCAUGCCGAUGAGCUUGGUACUAUGCUACCAAAUUGGAAGGCUCGUAAAGAUGUGAAAGAAGCUCUUCGCCGGCACCUAUUCAAAGACAAUCAAAUAGAAGCUCUUGAUAUUUGGUUACAUGCUUUAGACUUAGCUGUUCCCAAAAAUAAUACAGAUGAGAUAAUUGUGGUGACCAGUUCCUAUCUAUUGCAAUUUCGUAAAGAAUUAGCAGAAGCUGGAGUCGAUCCUGAGCCAAUUAAUACAUAUGCCAAAUUACCAAAUGUUACUCGAGCUUCUAACAAAAUUCAGAAGAGAAAACUUGAAUGGGGAUUAAUCAGUCGACCUAAAACACCUAAACACUUCUCCUUAGAAGAGAGGCUUAGAAGACUUCAGAAUAUCU